AUGCUUCGCUCCCGGCCUGCCGCUCGCUUCUCGAGCGAAGCUCCCUCCGAGUCCUCGACCUCGACCUCCCCCGAACGUGCUGCCGACGAUGACACAGAUUUCUUCAUGGCCCAGGCCAACGACUCCCAGUCGUCCGUGGGGGUGGCAACCUUCCGCGAUCUCAACGUGAGCAACGGACAGAAUGUCGUCGUGCCUCCGAUCAUGCGUCUCCCUCCGGAGAUCCUGAUCUCCAUCUUCUCGAAACUCAGCUCCCCGGCGGACCUACUGAACUGCAUGUUGGUAUGCCAGAAAUGGGCGGCAAAUUGCGUGGGAAUUCUAUGGCAUCGGCCCUCGUGCAACCGGUUCGAGAACCUGCGGAGUGUGGUGACGUCGGUAGGGAAGCCGGACAGUCUCUUCCCGUAUGCGGAGCUCAUUAAACGGUUGAAUCUCUCGGCCUUGACCGACAAAGUGAGCGAUGGAACGGUGUUGCCGUUUACCCAGUGCAAACGGAUCGAGCGCUUGACCUUGACCAACUGCUCCAAGCUGACGGACAAGGGCGUGUCAGAUCUGGUGGAGGGCAAUCGGUAUCUUCAGGCUCUGGAUGUAUCGGAGCUUCGGUCCCUGACGGACCAUACCUUGUUCACCGUGGCCAAGAACUGUCCACGGCUGCAAGGGUUGAACAUCACCGGCUGUGCUAAGGUGACGGAUGAGUCUUUGAUCGUCGUGUCUGAGAAUUGUCGGCAGUUGAAGAGGUUGAAACUGAACGGCGUCGUUCAAGUCACGGACAAGGCCGUUGUCUCCUUCGCAGAAAACUGCCCGUCCAUUCUCGAAAUCGAUCUACAUGACUGCAAGCUGGUUACAAGCCCUUCGGUCACCACGCUCCUCUCGACACUCCGGAACCUGCGAGAAUUACGACUGGCGCAUUGCGUGGAAAUCGAUGACUCGGCUUUCUUAAAACUUCCGGAGGGUAUGAUCUUUGAGAGCCUGCGCAUCUUGGACCUGACGGCCUGUGAACGCGUCAAGGAUGAUGCUGUCGAGCGGAUCAUUAACUCGGCUCCACGCCUGAGGAACCUUGUUCUCGCCAAAUGCAAAUUCAUCACCGACCGCGCCGUGUUGGCCAUCUGCAGACUGGGGAAGAACCUGCACUAUGUGCAUCUGGGCCAUUGCUCCAACAUCACCGAUUCUGCGGUGAUUCAGCUGAUCAAGUCCUGCAACCGCAUUCGAUACAUCGACCUGGCGUGCUGCAACCUCUUGACCGACGCUAGCGUCCAACAGCUUGCAACCUUGCCGAAGCUAAGGAGGAUCGGUUUGGUCAAAUGCCAGUCCAUAACGGAUCGCAGCAUCCUGGCUUUGGCGCGGUCGAGAGCCUCGCCUGACCCUCUGGGCGUGAGCUGUCUGGAGCGGGUGCACCUCAGCUAUUGUGUGAAUUUGACUAUGGAGGGAAUUCAUGCCCUCCUGAAUCACUGUCCCCGGCUUACUCAUCUCAGUCUUACGGGAGUUCAAGCCUUCUUGCGAGAAGACCUCACCGCGUUCUGCCGGGAGGCUCCCCCGGAGUUUACGCAGCAGCAGCGUGAAGUCUUCUGUGUGUUCAGCGGCGAGGGCGUUGCACGGCUGCGAGAGUUUCUAAAUCGGAACUACGUCCCUUUCCACGAGGAGACGGAGGCAACAAUGUACGAUGACGACGAAGAGCUCGAUGAAGACGAGGGCCAGGUGACUGGCCUAAUGAACGCCGCGGCCAUCCAUGACGAAGAGGAUGAUGAAAUGGGGGAUGGUGGCGUUGACGGAGGGAAAGAAAGCAUUUAUAUUAUGGGUCAGCUCUUCAAGCGGGGCUGCAACACUUCGGCAUGUGCAAAGCGAAUCCGUCGAUUCCUCCUUUCUUCAGUGACGUUAGGAGAACAUACGCAGUCUACCAUUAACGACGUUAUUUCUACGCCGUGCUUUUUUUACAGCGGCCUGGCGGCGCUGGGAAGUGUUCUCGCGAUGGUCUUACAUACGUCCGCCCAUGUCGAGUUCAUGGCGAAGCCAUAG